UCAACUGUCACAAAGUCCAAAAUUGCAACUCACGAAUCCGCUGUUUUCAUACAAAUCAUUGCGAGAUAUCUUCCAUAGUUUUUCAAUUUUUUCGCUGUUUUUCUAUCCGAAAUGCCUGUAGAAAACCUCGAAGAUCAAGGAUUAGAGAAAAAUCCUGAUUUGGAAUUGGCACACUACAAGUUUUUGUUAACAUUGCCCGAAUAUAGGAAUGAUAAAACCGUCCAUGCCAAGCUCACUGAAGCUAUUAAAAAAGAUGAUAUGACUCCAUGGUAUGAACUGAUAUGCCAAGAUGUCGGUUGGAAACGGGAUGAGAAGAUGAUAAAACUUCUGAAAGCAAAAAAUGAGGAAGAACUAAAAAAACUGAAUGAUGCAAUUGAAGAUGCAGAAAAGAACUUGGGUGAAAUGGAAGUUAGAGAGGCUUAUUUAAGAAAAGCUGAAUAUUACAGCAAAAUUGGAGAUAAGGAAAAUGCUGUUAGUACCUUUAGACAGACGUACGAUAAGACUGUCUCACUUGGACAUCGUUUAGAUAUUAUAUUCCAUCUUAUUAGAAUUGGCCUGUUCUUUAUGGAUCAUGAUCUUAUUACUCGAAAUAUUGAAAAGGCUAAGAGUCUUAUUGAGGAAGGUGGCGACUGGGACAGGCGCAAUCGUCUGAAGGUUUACCAGGGGGCCUAUUGUAUGGCUGUAAGGGAUUUCAAGACUGCUGCUAAUUUAUUCUUGGAUACCGUUAGUACUUUUACAUCGUAUGAGCUGAUGGACUACAAAGCAUUUGUGCGUUAUACUGUCUAUACUUCUGUAAUUAGUUUACCCAGGAACCAAUUAAGGGAUAAGGUGGUAAAAGGCUCUGAAAUAUUAGAAGUACUUCAUUCAGAACCUUUUGUCAAGGAUUAUUUAUUUUCAUUGUAUAAUUGUCAUUAUGCUGACUUUUUUAAUAAUUUAGCUAAAGUAGAAGAAAUCUUGAGGAAAGAUUACUUUUUAAAUCCCCACUAUAGAUAUUAUAUCAGAGAAAUGAAAAUUUUGGCUUACACACAGCUAUUGGAAUCAUACAGAAGCCUCACCCUGCAAUACAUGGCCGAAGCCUUUGGAGUUACUAUGGCUUUCAUUGAUGAGGAACUUUCCACGUUUAUUGCGAGCGGAAGACUUCACUGCAAAAUAGAUAGAGUGGGGGGAAUCGUUGAAACCAACAGGCCGGACUUGAAAAACGCCCAAUUCAAUUCGGUAGUGAAACAAGGAGAUUUUUUGCUUCAACGUGUCCAGAAAUUGUCGAGAGUUAUUAAUAUUUAAUUUUGUUGUUGCAGUGUGUGCUAAGAUUUUAAUAAUUUUUUGCUUUCAAGUAUUUAACAUUUAUGUAUUACGAAAAUACAUCAAUUUCCAGAGAAGUGUAAUAGGGAAUUUGAAAAUAAAACUUUUUAGAGAUCAUUUAA